GCGGCCCCGGGAGCGGCUGGUUCCCCAUCCCGGUGCCAGCAGCUCGGCUCGGCACAGCUGCUGCGAGCGGAGCCUUUGGAGCGAGCGGUGCCGCGAGGACGCGCUCACCUGCCUGCCGCCCCCUCCUCUCGCAGCCCGGCUCUCAGCGAUGGCCACCGUGGUGACGAUGCAGCCCCAGGCGAUGCCCACGGCCGCCAACGCCAGGCCCAUGUGGCAGACGGGGCUGAUGGAUUGUUUCACCGACUGGAGCGUCUGUUGCUGCGGGCUGUUCUGCUUCCCCUGCUUGGCCUGCACGGUGGCCGGCGACAUGAACGAAUGCUGCCUCUGCGGGACCAGCGUGGCCAUGAGGACCAUGUACCGCACUCGUUACAACAUCCCGGGCUCCAUCUGCUCUGACUGCUGCGUCACCUCCUUCUGCCUCGUGUGCUCCGUCUGCCAGAUCAAGAGAGACAUCAAUCAGAGGAGAGCGAUGGGCAUCUUCUGAUGCCGUAGAGAGGACGACACCACCUCUGCCUCAUGGGAAAGAGGUGUGAGACCACCUGCGACCAUUGCCUUCCCCCCAUCCCCCCUCAUUCAUGCCCCCAAUAAAGAGCAAUGCUUACCUUACAAUGCUUA